UUUAUUACGUUAAGCUGUUUCUUACGGUUCUUGCGUUUUUGUGCGUGAGUGUGUUUCUCUGUCGCUGCUUCAGUGUUCGUACGCGCCUUUCCUUUGCCCCCUCUCUUGUGUUUCACGUCAUGUUUGUCGCGCUGUAAUAUUUCGCGGCCCCCGCCGCUCCCCCUCGAUACGUCACACGUCUGCGACACCUGCGUUGACGUCGUCGCUCUGUCGCCGUUUGCUGUCGUCGCCUUCGUCUUUUGUUUAUUUGUUGCACUGGCAGACGCCGUUAUAAACAAAAAAAACCACUUCACAGACGCACGCAUUCACACACACACACACGCAUGGACACUCGAGAUUCCAGCAACAAAACGCGCAGUUGGCAACAAGUGGAACAUACAUACAAUCAUGCAUUUGUAUAGUGGUGUGUGUGUGUAAUCACAAGACGGCUUUCGGCAAAGACCCUAAAAACACCUCCCCAAAACAAAAGCGUUAUUUGGUGGAGGAGGGUUUUUGUUUUUUUUUGAAUACACUAAAAGAUGAUAUCCUAGGUCAAACGUAGUUUUAAAGUGUUUCAUUUACGUUUUUUCCAACGCGUUUUUUUCAUCCGCCGUGCAUCUAUCCAACCCCCCGCCACCUGCCACCCCCCAAUCCUAAAUCCUCAAUCCUCCAGUUAGGCAUCAGAAAAUCAAACGACGAAAAGUACAGCAGAAGCAGCAGCAACAGCGGCCACAAACAGCACAUCAUCGGGAGCAUCAUCUAACGCUGCAGCUAACAGAUGAGCCCCAACAACAGAUGUCAAUUGCUGCAGCCGAAAAUGCAGGGCUUAGCCCAAGUGACUUACCAGAUCAUUGGGCCUCAGGUACAGCGAACCCCACGACAUCAGCCUCAAGCAGCAGCAGCAGCAGCAGCAGUAGCCUCCACCACAGCGGAGGCAGCGCCGGCGCAAGCGGCAAGUACAACAGCAGCAACAUCUCCGUGUGCAACCUGCCACGCUCCUCGCCGGCCGCCGCCACAGCAGCCGUCACCCUCUCUGCGGCCGCGGGCGGCAGCAGCCUGCUGAGCGGCCUGCACCACGGCCUGGCGCCCGGCACCCACCCACUGCAGCGCGCAACGGCGGCGAGCGGAGGCGGCGGCGCUGGUGCCGGGGGCGUUGCAGGCGCCUCCACAGCGGCCUCGCUCUCGCUCCAGCAGCAGCAGCAUCAGCAGCAGCUGCAGCAGCAGCAGCAGCAGCAACAGCAACAGCAGGCACUGCUCUACCAGCAGCAGCACCAGCAACAGCAGCAGCAUCACCUCAACUCUCAUCAUUCUCUCCACAAGGCAGCGGCCGCCGCCGCAGCCACGGCCAACAUCGCAGCUGCGCUGCAACGCUCGGCCAUUAUGAAUGCGGUGGCGUCGCCGAUCUCAGCCAGCAGCGCAGCCAACGCCGCGACGUCAGGCCGGAAGAUACGCCGCAAGACGGAUUCGAAGGUUAAUUUGCCGCAAUCACAAAUCAACAAAUGCAACAAUGAGAAGCGGCGUCGCGAGGCGGAAAAUGGUUAUAUCGAGCAGUUGUCGGAGAUACUAACGCUGAACAAGCGUGGGGAUAUGACCUCAACGAAACCGGACAAGGCGGCUAUACUGAAUCAAGUGGUUCGAACGUAUCGUGAAAUUUGUGACAAGGGCCAAAAUCGUGAUAUAUCCUCAACUUCAACAAACAACAACAACUCCACGGCGACAACCAACAACAACACAAACAAUAAUAACAACAAUAGCAACAGCAACAACAACAACAACAAUAGCAAACCACAAACAACCUCAACACCCCGCUGCAGUCGCUGUGCAACAGACAACUGCUCGAUCCAUCCGGUGCAACAGGGAGAGGUCUCCUCGACAGAGCCACCGCUGCCACUGCCACUGCCGGAGCCAUCGCUGCUGCUCGGCCAGGUGCCGGAGAUCUCCGCCUACUUCGAGGCCCUCGAGCACUACAUCAGCGGCGUGGGCUGGGUCCUGCUGCAGGUGAACGCCAACGGCAUCAUUGAGUCCUGCACGCAGAACAUCCGCGAGCUGAUCGGCUAUGAGAAGCAGGAGCUCUACCACCAGCCCCUCUACAUGUACCUCUACGCGGGGGAUCACGCCAAGCUAGAGCCGAUCAUCAACAACAUGUACAGUAGCGGAGGUGGAGGAGGAGUAGGAGCUGGAGGCAGUGGGUCAGCCAGUGGAGGUGGAGGUGGGGGCUGGGGCGAUCUGGAUGAGCUGAACAACGGCAACGCGUCGCAGCAGUCGGCGGGGUCCAACUCCAGCUCGGGGAACGCUCAGUCGGGCAAGUCCAAGCGGAGUAUCUCCACGAAGGUGCGCAUGCUAGUCAAGGACCCGCGAACGGCCACCCAGACGUCGUCCAACUGCGAGGCGGGCAUGGAGCAGAAGCCACUGAGGCAGUCCGGGCAGCAGGACAAGUACGAGGAGGUGGUCCUGAUAGCGGCCCCCGUGAAGGACGAUGCGGAUGCCAGCAGCUCGGUCCUGUGCUUGAUCACGCGGCCGGAGGACGAGUCGCCGCUAGAGAUCAAUAUGCAGCAGCACGUGCAGCAGCAGCCCAUCGAGCAGAUGACCUUCAAGCUGGACAUCCACGGCAAAAUACUCAGCCUCGAUCCCACUGCCCUGCGGGAGCCCUUCAAGCAGCACAUGCAGACCUGGGUGGGUCGUCUGUGGCAGGACCUGUGCCACCCGCACGACCUCUCCAUGCUGAAGUCGCACCUGCGCGACAUCCAGGACUCGGCCAGCCCCCACUCGCCCGCCAGCGGGGGUCCCGGCUCCGGCUCUGGCUCCGUGCACAUAUCCAAUGUGGUGUCGCGUCCGUUCCGCCUGCGCCUGGGUGCCCCCGACGUCUACGUGCAUGUGAAGGCCAACUCGAGACUGUUCCUCAACCAGACCCCCGGCGAGGGCGACUUCAUCAUGUCGGUGCAGACGCUCCUCAACUCAGAGAACGACAUGAACAGCAACAACACGGGAGCGGGAUCGGGAUCGGGAUCGGGACCGGUUUCCGGAGCGAGCUCUGGAACGGGACCUGGAGCGAGUGGCGGCGGCGGCGGCAUGGGCGGAAUGAGCCAGCUGUGCGCCAUGUCACCGGGCCCUUCGCUGGCCAACUCCCUGCUCAACAACCUCUCGAUGGACGGGCUGCACAGCAGCUCCACCUCCUCGUCGGCGGCCUCCGCCAUGCUGCCCACGUACCUCCUGGGCGGCCUGGUGGGCGGCGGACAGCACAACAACGGGAACGGUAACAGCACGCAGACGACCAAUGUGGGCGGGCCGCUCAUGAGCAGCGCCAUCCACAACGGCACCGGGAUGCAGCAGCAACAGCAGCAGCAGCGGUCCUCCUCCGCGGCCAGCUCCUCGGCGGCGAACCUGGUGAACACGUUCACCGCCUCGCCGGCCCCCGGGGAGCACAGCUUCUACGGCAGCGACACCUUCGAAUUCGACAUUGCACAUUCCUCCUUCGACAUCGAUCCCAGCGGCGGCGUCGGCGGCUGGACGGACUCGCGUCCGAAUUCGCGGGCCUCCGUCGCCACGCCCGUGAGCACGCCGCGACCGCCCUCGGGCCACGGCUUCAGUCCGGCCGUGUGCGCCUCCCCGGCCACGCCCUACCAGCUGUCCUCGCACUCUGCCGCCAGCCUUCCAUCGCCGCAGUCGAACGCCAGUGCCGGCGGAGGCAACUAUGGUUUCAACUUCCACUCCUUCGAGCCGGGCGACACCAAACCGGAGAAGGAUCCCCAGCAGCAGCAGCAGGGCAACAACAGCAGUAGCGGCGGCCCCAGCAGCAACAGCAACCCGAUGCUGGGAGGCCUUCCGAACGGUGUGGGCGGACUACUCCUCUCCCAACAACAGCAGCAGCAACAACAAGCGCAGCAGCAGCAGCAACAACAGCAGCAGACGGCGCCGCAACAGCAACAGGAAUCCUCGGAGCGACUGCGGCACCUGCUGACAAAGACCAGCAGUCUGGGAGGACUGGGCGAUGAGGAGAAGUACUUUAAGCAGGAGAGCAGCGAAGACGAGAAGCUCAGUGGGGGACCCGCUGGCAGCUUCAAGAUGGGCGGCCAGCCAGGAGGAGCCAUGGGCAUGUUUGGGUCCAUGGGACCGUUGGGACGCAGUGCAAGCGCCACGACCACACUGCUGCACAAGCCCGGCAACUCACAGAACACCAUGCUGCUCAAGCUUCUCAACGAGAAGACAGACGAUGAUGAUGUGCCGGGAGCCAUGAGCAAUGCCCGGCAGAGCGAACUGAUGCGGCAGCUCAAGAACAAUGACGGGGGCCAUGGGUCCGGCCAUGGGUCCAUGCACCGAGUAGGCGCCGGCGGGAACAUGAGCAACGAGGAUCUCAAGGCCAUGCUGAAGAUCCAGAGCGAUCCGUCGCUGAGCCGCAAGCGCUCGCUCAACGAGCCCGACGACGACCUGUCCUCCGCGAAGCGAUCCGAGGACAAGCCCAGCAAGCUCUGCACCCAGAACAAGAUGCUCGCAAAGCUGCUGCAGAAUCCGCCAAAGAUACCCAAAGCCCCCAACGCCGAGCAGCCGCUGCAGGUGAAGACGCUGCCCGACAUCACCAGCUCCUCGAUGUCCGCGAUGACCUCGGGCAGCUCCCUCUCCGCCCCCGGCAACCUAAUCAGCGCCGGCAGUACUGGACCCAAAGCGGCAGCCAAUCGAAACCGCAAGCAACAACAGCAACAGCAGCAACAGCAGCAGCAGCAGCAACAGCAGCAACAACAACAGCAGGCAGCCAGCAAUCCUUCCCAGCAGCAGCCGCAGCCAAACGAUGUCUACCUCAGCCAGCCGCCGCACCAGCAGCCGCACCAGCCGCCGCAGCUAGCCUUCCAGCAGCAGCAGCAGCAGCUGCAACAACUGGCGACCUCAGCAUCUACCUCAAUUACCACAGCGGCCUCGACCUCGGCGGCUGCAGCGGCAGCGGCGGCCAUUCUGGGCGACGGCGACACGGAGUUGUCCAAGCUGCUGGACAGCGUCAUGGAAUACUACCCGGACGACGCCCCUAUUGUGGCAAACGCCCCCUCGGCGGCCUCCGCCAUCAGCGACAUCCAGAAGUCGCUGAUGCUCGACGUGGAGUCCGCCACCUUCGGAAGCGACCUGAACCAGCACAUCCUCAUGAGCCAGCAACAGCUAAAGGAUUCAAGUGCGGCGCAACAGCAGCAACAACAGCAGCAGCUCUUGGCCCUCCAAGUGGCGGCCCAGCAGCACCAGCAACACCGGCAGCAGCACCUCCAGCAGCCGCCCGCCUACCCGGGCAUGCUCAGCCUCCAGCAGCAGCAGCAGAACCAGCAGCAGCAGCAGCAUAUCAUGCAUGGACGAAUGGACGCCAUGCGCAACCAGGGCUUCCAGCGACCGCCGCCCAUGUAUUCUGCCCGUGGUCGCGGCCCCAUGAAUGCCGUAGCCACGCCCGGCGGUGCUGUGCUGCCCGCCCAGCAGCAGCUCCGCAACAUGCGACAGCAGCAGCAGCUGGCGGCGGCCCAGCAGAAGGAGCGUCUCCUGCAACAGCAGCAAAAGCAGCAGCUUCUGGUCCCAGAGAAUGCCACUGGCAUCAAUGCGGGCCUCAACAACAUUGGCUCGCUGCUCAACACCACGGUGGCACCCAAUGUCUCCCUCUCGCGCACCAAUCUGCCGGCGGACGCUCAGCUCAGUCCGGGCUUUGCCCAGGCACUGAUGCAGCAGCAAUUGAGUCCCGGACGGAGUACACCCUACAGUCCGCAGCCGAACCAAGGCUAUGCUCCGACGUUCCCACAGCCGGGCCAGCGUCUGUCGCCGCAGCAGCAACAACAGCUCAACCAACAGCAGCAGCAGCAGCAACAGAACAACGCCCAGGCGCAACAGUUGGCCUACCAGCAGCAGCAACAACAGCAACAACAGCAGCAGCAGCAGCAACAGGUGGGCGAUGGGGGACGGUCCAGCACACCGUUUGGGUCCAAUUCGGGACUGCAGUCGCCGGGAAUGCAAAACAGUCCGCAGCAGUGGCCCACUGGAGGAGCAGGGGGAGGACCGGGAGGUCCGCUGCCCUCCGGCAAUGCGGGGCGAACGCUGCAGCAGCACAAUCCCAUGCUCAUAGCACAGUUGCAGGGCGUCAGUCCGUAUAAUGCGCGUCAAUACCAACAGAACCAGAGACGAGGCCUCAACUCUCCCGGCGCCCAGGUCGGGCCUGUGGGCAAUGCGGCGGCGGUGGCCCUGCAGCGCCAGAACUCGUUCCAGGGCCAGGGCGGCGGCGGUGCGACGACUCCCGAUGGCAGCGGCGGACCUGGUGUCGUCGGAUUCGGUGGCCCCCAGUCGCCGUACGGCGGCAAUGUGAAUGUGUUCCAGCAGCAGCAGCUGCAGCGACUCCAGCGCCAGGGAAGCGUCCCGCAGGCCACGCAGCAUCUGCCAGGCUCGCCCCGCUUCGGCUCCUCCCCGGGCACGGCCGCCAACAGCAGCAGCCACAGUCACAGCCACAGCCACCACACUGACAAUGCGGCUGCCGGCAAUCCCUCCCAGCAGCAGCAGCAGCAGCAACACCAGCAGCAGCAGCAACAACAGCAGCAGCAGCAGCAACAGCAGCAGCAGCUCCUGAACGGACUGAGCAUGUCGCCGCAUCCACAUCCGCAUCCGGCCAUGAUGGGCGUGGGCGGAAUGGGCAGUGGCGGAGGCAAUGGCAUAAUUGGCCUUGGCGGAGGUGGCGGAAAUGUCAACUAUGCCGCCGCAAUGGCCGGCUAUGGGCAGGCCCAGCAGCCGCAGCCGCAGGCGCAGCAGGCGAAUGAUUUCUAUGGUCGAGCGCAGACCGCUGGAAACGGAGGAGGCGGUGGCGCAGGAGCUGGAGGCAAUGCAAAUUCCGAUUUCGUCAAGCAGGAGCUCCGGGCGGUGGUCAGUGUGAGGCAGCAGGCGGCUGCGGCGGCCACUGGAGGCGCCGGCGGGCCCGGAGUCGUGGCACAGCGCGGCCAGACGCCGCAGAGUCCGCUACAGCAGGGACCAGUGAUCGGCGGCGGAGGCGGCGGCAUUGUCGGUGGCCCCAAUAGUACAAAUGCCAUGGGCAAUGUCACGCCCACGGGCAGUAAUGUCGGCAACCCUAUGCUCAAUACGCCGCCGGAUCAAACGCUGGGCUUCAGCUUCGAGACGCCGGACUUCUUCACCAGCAGUGCCACGAGGUGACCCUAAAGUGCCUAAGGCACGACCCAAGGAUCAGGAAAAGCAACUUCUCUGGCGCACGCAUUUAUGGCUCUAAACAAACGACACGUUAGCGAAAAACAAAAGAAUAGGAGAAGCAAAAGGCGCCGCAUGUAAAUCUAAUUUAAAAUUACUAGCAGCACUAUUUAAAAAAUAUAUACAUAAAUAUAUUUAUUUUAUAAUACUAGCAAAUAUUAAUUGUAAAGCAAAAUGCAAAAUGGGAACCUCGUCUAAAAGAAAUUGCAAAACCAUAAAUACCAGACACGCUAUAGUUAAAUAUGUAUUUUCAAAACGGAAUCGGAAACAGAUACAGAAAAAGCUGCAAAAGCUGAACACACAAAAAAGAUGAUACAUGAAAUGCAUAUUUAUUACGUUUAAAGAUAAAGCUUAGGUAUAAGCUAAAGCUAUUAUUCAUAUAUACAAAAGAGAGAAAACGAGAAGGAAAUCCAAGCAGAAGCAUAAAUAAUGAAAGAAUGGGCGCGUUCCGAGAUGUUGUUAAAUGGAUAUAUGUAUAUUUAAAAAAUAUUAUACAAUAUGAUAUGAUGUAACGUGUAUGGACAGGCGUUGGCUAGGCUCUAGACUCUAGCGACAAGCGACAACAGAAUGUAUACAAUUUGAUUGGAGAACCAUAUACCAUAUACCACAUACCACAUACAUAUAGCACACAAACACACACAUGCAUACGCAAACGCAUACGCAUUCGUAUGCGUACGUAUGGAAUUUGUAUAUUUAAAAUUAGUGUUGAAUUUUUUUCAGUGUGAUAAUUUGUUAAAUUUUAUAUACUAAAUGUUGCUAAUUUGUUGCAUGCCAAUGCUUUGCUUUACAAUAUGUUUAACUGUUUCAAACAACUUCAAACAGGACUCCUUUUGACCUACUCUCGAUAAUCGACUUCUCUUUCUCCGCGACUAGGGAAACAACAAAAACAAAUCCCUUUAUCUGUAUAUAUUUCACUAUAUUUGUAUAAUUUUGCUAAGUUGCGCCGUCUUAAACUCUAAUUCGUAGUUUAGUUAAUGCUCGUCUAAAAUUGUAUUUGUAAUUAUUCUUAAAUACUUUUAUAUCAAAGCGAGAAAGCAAAGCGCGCAAAGCAAGUCGGCGUUGCAAUUUCAUGUGAAGGCUAUAUUACAGGUUUUGUUUAAACUAAUUUGUAAUUUUAACCAUUUUUAUAUUAGCUUGUACGAGUAUGCAUACACUAUAUACU